GGCUUUGAUUUCUUUUCUUUUCCAGUGGAACGCUUUUCUCCUCCUCUCCGUCUUUCGUCGAACUCGAAAGGGCAAAAUUCGAACACACACCACAGACUUCUCCGGCGAUCAUGGCGUUCCAGCUCCUGAGGCGAGCUCUAACAAGCCGCCCCGACCAGAUCAUCUCAUCUCCGUCCGCUUUCUCUGCCGUUAGAGCUUUCUCUUCCGCUCCAAUCACGGCCACUCUCUUCCCCGGCGACGGUAUCGGUCCCGAGAUCGCGGAGGCCGUGAAACAGAUUUUCAGGGAAGCUGAGGUACCAAUUGAAUGGGAAGAACACUAUGUUGGGACCGAGGUUGAUCCUAGAACCCAGAGCUUUCUAACAUGGGAAAGUUUGGAGUCGGUGAGAAGAAACCGAGUGGGUCUGAAAGGGCCAAUGGCUACACCAAUUGGAAAGGGCCAUCGUUCUUUGAACCUUACUCUCAGGAAAGAACUUAACCUGUAUGCCAAUGUCAGGCCUUGUUACAGCCUUCCUGGUUACAAAACCCUAUAUGAUGAUGUGAAUCUCAUCACCAUUCGUGAGAACACUGAAGGAGAAUACAGUGGCCUUGAGCACCAAGUGGUGAGAGGUGUGGUUGAAAGUCUCAAGAUCAUUACUCGCCAGGCCAGUUUGAGGGUGGCUGAAUAUGCUUUCCAUUAUGCAAAGGCCCACGGUAGAGAGAGGGUGUCUGCAAUUCAUAAAGCUAACAUCAUGCAGAAAACUGAUGGUCUUUUCCUGAAGUGCUGCCGUGAGGUCGCUGAGAAGUAUCCUGAGAUCACAUACGAGGAGGUUGUCAUUGACAAUUGUUGCAUGAUGCUUGUGAAGAAUCCAGCUCUUUUUGAUGUUCUAGUUAUGCCUAAUCUCUAUGGUGACAUCAUUAGCGAUCUUUGCGCUGGUUUAAUUGGUGGUCUGGGGUUGACACCAAGCUGCAACAUUGGUGAGGGAGGAAUAGCUCUUGCUGAGGCUGUCCAUGGUUCCGCCCCUGACAUUGCUGGGAAGAACCUCGCGAAUCCUACUGCACUGCUCCUGAGUGGCGUCUCGAUGUUGCGGCAUCUGGAACUCCACGAUAAGGCAGACCGGAUUCAGAACGCUGUUCUCGACACUAUAGCCGAAGGAAAGUACCGAACAGCAGAUCUCGGAGGCAAAUCUACGACAUCUGAUUUCACAAAGGCCAUCUGCGACCACCUUUGAAGAUAAGGAGGACAGGAGUUAAUUUUUGCAUCAAGCUCAAAGAAAGAAGGGGAAAAAAC